GCUCAAAAGAUUUGGCCAACUUCUUUCUUUCUGUGGUGAUUGUGAAUAAUUAUGUCUAUGGGGAAGAAACAUCUUAACAUCAAUUCUCUAAAUCACCAAUCCACAAAGGACGAAGACAACAACUGCAAGAACAGUCUCUUCUUUGGAUUGUUUGAUGACCCUGAAUCUACAAGGUUGAGAAGUGGGAGUAUGAAGAGACAAUACAGCGACAUGGGAGAUAGCUACCACAGAGUUUAUGAAGAACAAAAUGAUGAUGUUGAUUAUGAUGGUGAUGGUGAUGAUGAUGAGGGAUCAAGGAUGGACAUGCGAGUCUUGAUGGUUUUAGAGUAUAUGAGAGAGCUUUACGUGGGACAACUUCAGCUGCUUAAAAAGAUGUUUCCAGGUGCAGCUAAAGAAGAGUUUCUUGGUUUCUUCAACAAAAUCGGAGACGCUGUGUCCCAAUUCAAACAAGAUUCUCGUCCUCCUACAAAGUCAACGACUAUGCAGAGGAGUCUCAGUGCUGGUUCGCCACGUGUCACUUCGAAAGGGGUUAACUUGGGUCCAUCAGAUCUAAAAAAUGAAAGGUUUAAAGUUACAACGGUCAAUGCUGGUGGAGCCGGUGGAGCUGGUAGUUCUGCGGGAGGAGGUAAAGGUGGCUCAGCGGCCGGUCAGGGACAGACCAAGAAGUAGUCCGGAUUUGUGACAUGUGAUGUGGGCCAUGGAUGAUCAAAUCUUAUGAGACUCAGGGUUUAGCAUUAUUUGAAUGAAAUGUGAAAAGUGUG